CACAGAUGUGUCAGUAGCAGUGUGUGUGAGUCAGUCCGACACUCUCAGUUAUUUCAGCUCCUCCGUUAGGAAUACUUUAAACUAGCAGCACACACACACACACACACACACACACACACACGAGGAAUUUAAUGAGUGUCUCCACAUCAGCCCUGCUCCACAUCACAGCAGCAUAGAGGACAAACACUCGGUCACAGGCUGUUUCCAUCAUGAUGUCGAUGAAGGCAGAGGGAGCCCAGCAGAAAUGGGCUGCGGUGAGGGGUCGUCUAGGCUCGUCUCAGGACUCAGACGGCCCUCAGGAGGCCAACCUGGAGAAUGCAGACGCUGAGCUGUGCAUACGCCUGCUGCAGGUGCCCUCUGUGGUGAACUACUCAGGUCUGCGGAAGCGUCUGGAGGGCAGCGAGGAGGCCUGGAUGGUGCAGUUUCUGGAGCUGUCGGGUCUGGAUCUGCUGCUGGAGGCUCUGGACCGGCUGUCAGGACGCGGAUGCUCUCGAAUCGCAGACGCUCUCCUGCAACUUACCUGUGUCAGCUGUGUUCGAGCCGUCAUGAACUCAUCUGCUGGCAUUCACUUCAUCGUGGACAAUGAGGGAUACGUGCGCAAGCUGUCGCAGGCUUUGGAUACGUCCAACACUAUGGUGAAAAAGCAGGUGUUUGAGCUGCUGGCGGCCCUCAGCAUGUUCUCUUCUGAGGGACACAGACUCGCUCUGGAUGCCCUGGAGCACUACAAGUGUGUGAAGACGCAGCAGUAUCGCUUCAGUGUGAUCAUGAAUGAGCUUCGGUCCACUGAUAAUGUGCCUUACAUGGUGACUCUUCUGAGUGUCAUAAACGCCCUGAUCUUCAGCGCCGACGGCCUGCAGCAGAGAGACAAGAUGCGCAAGGAGUUCAUUGGAUUACAGCUGCUGCAACUACUGCCAAAGUUAAGGUGA